CCAAUAUUUCAAAGAUAUCCACGGCCUGAGAAGGAAUGUCAAUCAUUUUCUCUAAUAUAUAAUGAGAGAUCACUUGAUUUGAUAUGCAAGGAUAAAGAUGAAACUGAGGUUUGGUUCAGUGGAUUAAAGGCAUUAAUUUCACGCAUCCAUAAUCGAAAAUGGAGAACUGAAUCACGGAGUGACGGGAUGCUGUCUGAAGUAAAUAGUCCUAGAACAUUUACACAAAGAAGUUCUCCUCUCCAUUCCCCAUUUAGCAGCAAUGACAGCUUGCAAAAGGAAGGUGGAGAGCAGAUUAGACUUCCGAGUCCUUAUGGAAGUCCUCCAAAAUAUGGUCUGGAUAAGGCAUUAUCAGAUGUAAUGUUGUAUAAUAUUCCUCCUAAAGGUUUCUUCCACUCUGAUUCUGCAAGUGGUUCAGUUCAUUCCUUGUCAUCAGGAGGCUCAGAUAGCAUGCAUGGCCACAUGAAAGCAGUUGCAAUGGAUGCUUUUAGGGUUAGUCUAUCCAGUGCUGUCAGCUCAUCAAGCCAAGGUUCAGGAAAUGAUGAUUGUGAUGCCUUGGGGGAUGUUUUUAUUUGGGGUGAAGGAACUGGCGAAGGUGUUCUUGGUGGUGGAACUCGUAGAGUUGGAAAUACUGUUGAUAGCAAAAUGGAUUCUUUGCUGCCGAAAGCCUUAGAGUCUGUAGUAGUACUUGAUGUCCAGAACAUUGCCUGUGGUAAACAUCAUGCUGCCUUGGUGACCAAGCAAGGUGAAGUUUUUUCCUGGGGGGAGGAAUAUGGAGGCAGGCUUGGGCAUGGAGGAGACUCUGAUGCUCUUCAUCCAAAGCUUAUCGAUGCCCUCGGUAAUUUAAACAUUGAGCUAGUAGCUUGUGGUGAAUAUCAUACGUGUGCUGUAACACUUUCCGGUGAUCUGUAUACAUGGGGUGAUGGCACCUACAAUUCUGGCCUUCUUGGACAUGGAAAAGAAGUAAGCCACUGGGUUCCAAAACGUGUAAGUGGACCCUUACAGGGUUUACAUGUAUCAUCUAUCUCUUGUGGACCUUGGCAUACAGCACUGGUGACAUCUGCUGGAAAAUUAUUUACUUUUGGUGAUGGCACGUUUGGUGUUCUGGGUCAUGGAAAUCGAGACAGCAUUUCAGUACCUAGAGAAGUGGAAUCUCUCAAAGGUCUACGUACUGUGCGAGCCACUUGUGGUGUUUGGCAUACUGCUGCAGUUGUAGAAGUUAUAAUUGGGAAUCCAGGUUCGAAUAACAGCUCUUCAGGGAAACUGUUUACUUGGGGAGAUGGAGAUAAAGGUCGGCUAGGGCAUGGUGACAAAGAGGCAAAGCUUGUGCCUACUUGUGUUGCUGCUCUCGUUGAACCUAACUUUUGCCAAGUUGCUUGUGGACAUAGUUUAACUGUUGCACUUACAACCUCUGGCCAUGUCUACGUGAUGGGAAGCCCUGUUUAUGGUCAGCUAGGGAAUCCUCAAGCAGAUGGAAAGCUCCCAGUACGAGUUGAAGGAAAGCUCUCCAAGAGCUUUGUGGAGGAGCUGGCUUGUGGUGCCUAUCAUGUUGCUGUUUUAACUUCUAGAACUGAGGUUUAUACUUGGGGCAAGGGGGCGAAUGGUCGUCUAGGUCUUGGCAGCACAGAUGAUAGAAAUACUCCAACAUUAGUGGAGGCUCUUAAAGACAAGCAAGUUAAAAGCAUUGCUUGUGGCACCAAUUUUACAGCUGCUAUUUGCCUUCAUAAGUGGGUUUCAGGUGUUGAUCAAUCCAUGUGUUCUGGUUGCCGCCUACCAUUUAACUUUAAAAGGAAGCGACACAACUGUUAUAACUGUGGACUUGUGUUUUGUCAUUCUUGCAGCUGUAAGAAGUCUCUCAACGCUUCCAUGGCGCCAAACCCCAACAAAACUUACCGUGUUUGUGAUAAUUGCUAUCAUAAACUUAAAAAAUUUAUUGAAAUGGAUGCUUCAUCCCAGUCUUCAUUGAGCAGAAGAGGAAGCAUUAAUCAGGGAUCAACCGAACAUGCGAAUAAAAAUGAGAAGUUGGACUCGAAAUCUCGAGGCCAACUUGCUAGGCUUCCUUCUGUUGAAUCAUUGAAGCAGGUUGAAAUUCAGGCUUCAAAGAAAAACAAGAAAAUAGAAUUUAGCAGCAGUAGGGUCUCACCAAUUCCUAGUGGAGGCUCCCAGCGGGGAGCUCUUAAUAUUUCUAAAUCUUUUAAUCCGGUCUUUGGAUCUUCGAAGAAGUUCUUUGCUGCAUCUCUUCCUGGAUCAAGAAUUGUUUCUCGAGCAACUUCUCCAAUAUCUAGGCGUCCCAGCCCUCCGCGUUCAACUACUCCCACUCCUACUCUCGGAGGACUCACCUCUCCAAGGAUUGCUGUGAAUGAUGCUAAAAGCACGAACAACAGACUAAGCCAGGAAGUUAUCAGAUUAAGGGCUCAGGUUGAAAACCUUACACGCAAAGCACAACUUCAAGAUGUUGAGCUAGAAAGAACAAGUAAACAGUUAAAGGAAGCAAUAUCCAUAGCAAGCGAGGAGGCUGCAAGAUGCAAUGCAGCCAAAGAAGUGAUCAAGUCACUAACUGCACAACUUAAGGAAAUGGCUGAAAGGCUGCCAGUUGGAGCAGCUCGUAACGUGAAAUCUACUCUUGCUUCUUUGAGCUCCGGUCCAACCUUCAAUUAUUUGAUCAACACUUCUGUAGACCAAUUAAGUGGUCAAGCAACAUCCUUAGAGAAAGACUCAAACAGUUCGAGCGUCCAGUUGCUUUCAAAUGGGUCGGGCACUGCAAAUAUCCAGUCUUCAACCACAACCAAAUUGGGUCAGUUGGAUUCAGCAAAGAAUGGAAAUAGAAUUAAAGAAAGUGAAUCUCGCCAAGAAGCAGAAUGGGUUGAGCAAGAUGAGCCUGGUGUAUAUAUUACACUCACCUCACAACCAGGAGGUGCCAAGGAUCUUAAGCGAGUUCGUUUCAGUCGGAAGCGAUUUACAGAGAAACAAGCAGAACAAUGGUGGGCAGAGAACCGUGCAAGAGUUUACGAACGAUAUAAUGUACGAGUGCUCGACAAGUCUAGUAUAGGCAUCGGAAGUGAAGAUUUGACUCAUUGACUUGUGCAAACAGCCGCAGAAAUCAAAUCAUUUGUAUAUGGGAAGGAAAAAAAAGGUUUCUUCAAUUCCCUGCUCUACUUACUGGGUCAUAUUGACCAUUUCAGAUUCAGAUUGGAUUUAUCAUUGAUAGGUUUAAAGAAAUGGACAACAUUUGGUACAAUUAGAGAGAAAAUUAGAUGGAUUUGAUGAUUUGGAUUUCUUCUUUCUUUCAGGUUUAGUUUUUUUUUUUUCUUUUAAUUCUUCCCCUGUAUGGUUGUGUGGGGGUUAUGAGAAAUGUAAAUACUACUCUAGUUGCUGUCUAUUGAUGAAAUCAGUUGCAGUAUAAUUUCUAUAA